AUGACAUUAGAAACUAAUGAAUCGAAAAAAGAAACUAUAAUUCGUAAUAAUCUUUCUUUUGAUUCAUACAAACCUUUAAUUAUGAUUUCUUUAAAACCUAUAUCUUUAAAACAUCAGACACAAUUAUUUAAAGAUAUUCAUCCAUAUAUACAUGACCCACAUAAAGAUGAGUUAUGUUUUGCUUCAAAUGAAAAUAAUAGAAAUUCAGAUUCAAAUUUACUAGAUUAUUAUACUAGUACUAUGUAUAUAAAUAAUUAUAUACCUAUUAAUUCCUCAGUUUCUUUAAUUUUAAAUAUUAUGAUAGUCGAACCUUGA